AUGAUUCGAGUGAUAUUGUGUUUGAGUUUUUUAUCUGUAUGCCUGCAUUGGCCACAAAUAUCUGCUGAACAAACGACCUUCACUCAAGAAACGUCAAAGGAUUCUACGAUUACACCAAAUAGUAAUGAUGUAACUAAAAACGUGACGAAAGAAGACCACGAUAUCAGUCUCAGUGAUUCAAGUACAGAUAAAACAGAAACACGAAAAGAAGACAAAUCUGAAGAUCAAGACAUAAAGAAAACUGAUAGUAGUAAAAACCGAAGCCAAAAGUCAUCGGAAGAUCCAGGUAUCAGAACCCCAUACGUAUCAGAAUCUUUAAGUUUGGAACUGAAUGAAGAUGAGGAAAACGAAGAUACAAACGGGCCUGAUAAUAAACAUGAAUCGCAAGUUAUAGAAGAUUCUGAUAAGAAUUUACCAAACAGCAAAAGUGCCACACAGCGACCACAGGAGAGUGAAGAAAAGGAAACAAAUGACAUGAGAAAAUUAACUAGUAAUUUGCUCAUUCCAGUCUUAAAAAGUCAAAAUCAAUUUGGUAAGGCAAUGCACCAUACCAACGAAGCUAUCAAAAAUAUUGGCUCUGGAACAUAUGAAGCUGCUUCAGGUGCAUUUAAUUUUUUCAAAGACGCUGCUUCAGCUGUUAUAAGGAAUGGAUAG